AUGUUCGUCCCCUUCAAUGGCUCGCUGCUCAUUGGACCCGCCGCCCUCUCCAGGCACAGACUGAGAUAUUUCCACGCCAACCCCACAGAUUCUCCUGCAGCCCGCUCUUUGCGAUACAGUCAGAAAGGCAGCUCCACGUCGCCGUCGCCCACCCCCUCCCCCCGUGAAUUGCAAUGCCCAAAAGCCGAAUGCGGAUCCAAAUCUCCCUUUGCCUCAGGCCUCUCUCCUUCACCCGCCGGCACCCCACGUGCGCCAUUAACCACCACGUCCACCGCGACUAUUUGCCCCGACGCAGGCAAAAAAAGCCGCAUCGCCAUAUCGGCACCACAAUCUAGUCUGCACGACGUUGGGCCUGGCGGGGUUGCGGGCGUGCCGUCGAUCUGCCAAGCCCCCAUGCCCCCUGGCCCGAAAGAUAAGGCGAAAAAUGGGUUUCCGUCUUUACGUCAGGCUAUCGAGUAA